GCAAUAUCAUUCCGGCGACGAAGAAGCACAUAAACAAAAACAUCCUGAUCAUGGAGGGCGCUUUGGAAAGGAUGACGUUCCGUUUCUGCCCUCAGUGCGGCACGAAGCUGCAGUCCGGUUUUAAAUUCUGUCCGUCGUGCGGGGAGAAAAUUCCUUGCGCCGCUGAUGCGUCUGAGGUCAUCGCGCCGUCGCCGAAUUUCUCUCCCCCGAAAGGGGAUGAAGCCAUAAAAGCAAGCCAAGCAUCCAGCAUGUGUCACGAAGCCACAGACGGCUUGCAUGGAAGCUUACUUUCUCCUCGUCCCGCCCUGCGGAAGACUCGUAACUCCAUUCGGCUGGAGAGGGAAGUCAAAAUAAACAAAGAAGAUCCUCCCGCUGUGACACAAGGUAACAAUGUCUCUCCUUUACCAAAGCAAACUCCAUUGAAACGCGUAAAGACGGCGGCAACUGAUGAGGCCUCUCCCCCGCCCCUUUUAAAAUCCCCCAGAUCUGGAAGGGGCAGGGGGACGCUCUUCAUGCAGCCUGUGGACGAAGAAGUGAAAAUGACAGAUGAAACCGUGAGAGGCGCAGCGGAAUCCACCGUGGACGACUCGCCUCGGACUUUCUUCUCGACCCUUUCCUCGCCGGCCUCCAAAUCUCCUUUCAAAGCCAGAGGACAAAGCAAAGGGAAGAAGGCGCCCGCCGUGGAGCGGCUGGACGACGGCGAGGAGCUGACGGACGCGACGGGCAGAACGUGGACGCUGGUCAAGCUGCUCAGCCAGAGCCUGACGGAGCUCGUGUAUGAAGUCGUACACAAAGGGUCAUGGUCCUCCUCGAAGGAAUCGGCUUAUAUCCUUAAAUUGGGUGCAGAACGGGGGAGAAUCUACAAGGAGCAGAACUUUCUGCAGAGGGCUGCAAAGCCAUUAUCUGUGGCCAAGUGGAUCAAGCAGCACGACUUGGACUUCCUCGGAAUUCCUUCAUGCGUCGGCUUCGGUUACACGGAUUCCCACAGGUUUUUGGUUUUUCCCGCCAUGGGCCAGUCCCUCCAGUCCGUCAUGGACAACAGUCUUCUUCCGGAGAAGACGGUUCUUCAGCUCGCCUGCAGAAUACUGGACGCGCUGCACUACCUCCACUCCAACGAGUACGUUCACGCUGACGUCAACGGCGAAAACAUCUACAUCCAACCGGGACGCGCCACGCAGGUAUAUUUGGUGGGAUACUACCACGCCUCCCGCUACUGUCCCAGCGGACGCCACGUGGCCUAUCGGGAAGGCAGCCAAGAGCCGCACGAAGGGUCGCUAGAGUUCAUCAGCGUGGAUUCUCAUAAAGGCGCCGCGCCGUCGCGACGCAGCGACUUGCAGUCUCUUGGCUACUGCAUGCUGCAGUGGCACACGGGGGCGCUGCCCUGGACCGGCCUCACUGAUCCCGACCAGGUGGCGGACCUCAAACAGAGGUACAUGGACGACGUUCCGGCACUGUUGAGUCACUGCUUCGGGAGGAAUAAAAUUUCCACCGCAAUCCAAAGCUAUGUGACCACAGUGGCGGACCUGCAGUACACGGAGCAGCCAGACUACCCCGAACUGAAAGCCAGGCUCGCCAUAGCUUUGUCGCAUCUGGGAGGGUCAGUGGAAAAACCUCUCAUUUUUUAGCAAAGGACAUAUUUCGCUGAUUGCAGCGGUAAAGUGUUCUCAACCCCCACGUCAAUUGUGGAUUUUUAAUAGCAUUUAUCGAUAUUGGUACUUAAAGAAAAUGUGAAACUAGCGUCACGAUUGUGUGGCUUUGAAAUUGCAGCUUCCUCAUUUUGAUAGGAAUAAAUGAGUUUAUGCUUGUGUGUUCAUAUGUGAUAUUCAAUUUGAAAUACAGUAGACGUGUGCACUUGACAUGUUAGGUGAAUUAUUUGAUUUGCGCUUCCUGUUGGUUUAAUAUUUUGAAUUGUUGUUCGUGCUCUUCACAGGUUGCAUACAUUCAUAAU